ACGCCUCCCGUCCCGCCACCGGGAAACCCAUCUCCACGCACCGCAUCGGUCCGCUUGCUCUUGCUCGGCCUGUCUUGCUCUCGGACAGGGUUUCGCCGCGUACACCUAGCCAUGGCCGCCUCGCUACCACGCCUCUCCCUCCCGCCGACGGCCGCUCUCCCUGCCGUCGCCUCCUCUCGCUACCGCCCCGACCUCGCCCCCGUCCCCAACCGCCGCCGCCUCGGCCUCCGUCUCCACCGCUCGCCGGUGGCACCUGCGGCUGCCGCGAGCUCGCCGUCCGGUCCGUAUUCUUCACCGGAACCAGGGUCGGGCAUCGGUGGCGUCGCCAUCUUCUCCGCGGCCACCGGCGAGCCCGUCCUGAUCAGGGAUCUGUGGGACCAGAACGAGGGAAUGGCUGUCGUGGCGUUGCUAAGGCAUUUCGGAUGUCCUUGCUGCUGGGAAUUGGCCUUGACGCUGAAGGACGCGAAAGAAAGAUUUGAUUCUGCUGGCGUCAAACUAAUUGCUGUUGGUGUUGGCACUCCUGAUAAAGCCCGUAUUCUUGCUGAGCGUUUGCCCUUUCCAUUGGAUUACCUCUACGCUGAUCCUGAGCGCAAGGCUUAUGAUCUCUUGGGCCUAUAUUUUGGUGUUGGUCGCACAUUCUUCAACCCAGCCAGUGUGAAAGUAUUUUCUCGGUUUGAUUCCCUCAAGGAGGCGACAAAGAACUAUACAAUCGAAGCCACCCCAGAUGACAGGCCAAGUGUCCUGCAACAGGGUGGAAUGUUCGUGUUCAAAGGGAAAGAACUGUUAUAUGCAAGGAAGGAUGAGGGCACAGGUGAUCAUGCACCAUUAGAUGAUGUCCUGAACAUCUGCUGUAAAGUUCCAGUAGCCUGAUGUUGAAUCCUACAAACUGGUGCUUCUCGUAGAGACAUUUCAUAAGCUUGGCAUCAGAUGACUUUCGAGAUACUGGAUCCUGAUGUAAGGGUAGCAUCCGCCCCAUGUACAUGUAUUAAGAUUUUUGGCAAACUUUCUAACACCUUGUUAAUUAUAGAAGCUUAGCAGGGUUGGUUUUUGGUAGAUAUAUGUAACUAAUUACGAACAGUGCACAGUGAGCUAAAAUAUAGCGAUACGUUAUCUUCAGCAUGUGUAUUGGGCUUUAUCAAUUUAAAGCCGGGUGCUUCUUGGGUCUUUCUUCUAAAAUAUUAUAGCAAUAAUGUAUAGUACUAUUUCUCUUGGAAUGUUGCAUAUAUCCACAAGUGUCCAUUUUCUUGUAGAAUGCUGCAUACCUGGCUACCUGCACAUCAUGCAAUUGGGCAGUACUAAUAUCAAGGAGCGCAAAUGCUACACAGGAUCUCCAAUGGUCAAAACCCCAGUCUCUGACCCACCUACCCCGUGGAGACCAAGGAAGCUGCUAUUUUGGAAGCCUUUUUUUGGGGGGUCAAACUGGAGCCCUCCAGGGAGGUUGAUGGCUUCAAAAGCCUUUUUGGAGUUACAUCUCGUUGAGUAUAUUGAUUAUUAAGAAAGACGAGAUAGACUAGGAUUUGUUCUGGUUUGUCUUGUACUCCAAAUUGGUCAUUGUACUUCUAUAUAUAUGCCCAUGAGGCUCAAGCAAUACAACGAACUAUUUCACCAA